GCCGGGCCUGAGGCGCGAGGAGAGCGCGUGCUCAGAGCAACCUCCGAGCUGAGACCAUUGUCCUUUGAUCUAGUUGUGACCUAGUCCAGUAUCCUGGCCACAGUGGCUGGAGCCCUCCUUACGUCCUGUCUGACCAACAGUGGCCCCAGAAUGCUGGGUUCUCCAGAUUCUGCCUUUCCCCAGGAAAGGGGAGUAGAGGAGGAGGGAAUGACUUCUGGGCUCCUGAUGGCCAGGUCCCUGGAAUUGGUGACAUUCCAGGAUGUGGCCGUGGACUUCACCCAGGAGCAGUGGGGGCUCUUGGAGCCGGCCCAGAAGGACCUGUACAGGGAGGUGAUGCUGGAGAACUAUCAGAACUUGGUCUCCCUUGGAGGACUGCCAGCCCGCAAACCUCAUGUGAUCUCCCAGUUGGAGAGAGGAGAAGCACCAUGGAUAGCAGAGAGAGAAGCCCUGGGAGGCGUUUGUCAAGAUUCUGUUAUUUGGAAAACCAGAUUUGAAACAAAGGAGUCGGUUUCAAAGCAAGGCAUUUCUAUGGGAGAAUCGUCCAAGGAGAGAAGUUCAAAAAAUGCCAUCUGGGAUUCCCGGUUACCAGAAGAUUGGGAUUCCGGGGUCACUUUGGAGAGGCAGAAUCAGGAGAGAUCGUCCCAACAAGUUUUGGUCAGUCACAGAAUAAUUUCUAAUGAGUUGAGUGUUCCUGAGUGUAACACUUCUUUGAGAAGCUUCAGUGUAGGAUCAAUUCUUGUUCCAAAACAAAAUGUUACUAUAGGAGAACAGCAAAGUCAGUCUGAUUCCCUUGGAAAGACCUUCAUACAGUCCUCAGAUGUUAUUAAGCAUAAUAAGAUUGCCUUAGGGAAGAAACUUUGUAAGUUUAAAUCUAAGAAGCCUCUCAAUUAUCAUUCAGACCUUUUUCAGUAUCGGAGAAUACAUCCUGGAGAGAAACACCUUAAAUGUAGUCACUGUGGGAAAGCCUUUGGGAGCAGAUCAUGCCUUAUCGCACAUCAGAGAAUUCAUACUGGAGAGAAGCCCUUUGAAUGUACUGAAUGUGGGAAAGCCUACAGGCGUAAGGCACAUCUUACUCAACACCAAAGAAUCCAUACUGGAGAGAAACCUUAUAAGUGUAAUGACUGUGGAAAAGCUUUCAGCAUUGAUUCAUACCUCAUUAAACACCAGAGAAUCCAUACUGGAGAGAAGCCCUAUAAAUGUAGUCAGUGUGGGAAAGUUUUUAGCCAGAAAGGUCACCUUAAUCAACACCAGAGGAUUCAUACUGGAGAGAAACCCUAUGAAUGCAACGAAUGUGGGAAAACCUUUGGUCAGUCUAGACACCUUAGUGAACAUAAACGAACUCAUAGUAAAGAGAAACCCUUUGAAUGUAAUGAAUGUGGGAAACUCUUUAGACAGCUGAGAAACCUUAGUGAACAUCAGAGGAUUCACACUGGAGAAAAACCCUAUAAAUGUAAUGAAUGUGGGAAGGCCUUCAGCAACAAUUAUGUCCUUAUUCAGCAUGAAAGAAUUCAUACAGGAGAGAAACCCUAUACAUGUAGUGAAUGUGGGAAGGCCUUCAGUCGUGGGACGUACCUUAUGAAACAUAAGAGAAUUCACACCGGAGAGAUACCCUAUAAAUGUAAUGACUGUGGGAAAGAAUUCACUGACAAAGCAUCCUUUAUUUACCACCAGAGAAUUCAUACUGGAGAGAAGCUCCACAAGUGUAUUGAAUGUGGGAAAACUUUCAGCCAAAAAGGAAGCCUCAAAAUGCAUAAGAUGAUUCAUACUGGAGAGAAACCAUUUGAAUGUCGUGAAUGUGGGAAAACUUUCAGAAACGGGGGUCACCUGAGUGUACAUAAAAGAAUUCAUACUGGAGAGAAACCAUUUGUGUGCAAUGAAUGUGGAAAAGCUUUCAGAGAUAGUGGAGGUCUUAGUGCUCAUCAGGAAAAACAUGGAGAGAAAAGGUAUACGUGUACUGACUGUGGAAAAACCUUCAGAAAUAAGGGAUACUUUCGUGUACAUCAGAAAACUCAUACUCAGGAGAGACACUAUAAUUGUAAUGAAUGUGGGAAACACUUUAAUCUAAGGGGAUCCUUUAUUAUUCAUCAGAGAGUCCACACUGGAGAGAAGCCCUAUAAAUGUAACAUAUGUGGGAAAGCUUUUAGUUACAAUACAUCCUACAGUAAACAUCUGAGAACUCACACAGGAGAGAAGCCCUAUAAAUGUAAUGAAUGUGGAAAAGCUUUUACUCAGAGGGACUACCUCAUUGAACAUGAGAGAAUUCAUACUGGAGAGAAACCUUUCAAAUGUAAUGAAUGUGGAAGGGCCUUCAGGCAGAAGCAAACAUACAAUGCACAUAAGAAAAUUCAUACUAGAGAGAAACCCUUUAAAUAUAAUUAAUUGGGAAAGCAUUCAACUAGAGGGAACAUGGUAUAGCAGGUCAGUGAUUUUUAUACCAGUGAGAAUCCCCAUAAAUACAAUGAAUUUGAGAAGGUAACCAUCAUAAACCAUAGAGGAAGGUAAUUCAGAAAGUGCACACUUGAGAAAAGCCCUAUGAACAUAAUAAACAUUGGCCAGAUUUUAGGUGUGUAUUUCAUUUGUCAGAUAAUUCAUGCAGGUUAACUGUGGCUUUAAUAGUAUGGAGAAUACUUCAGAUAAUCUGGUCAAAAAUGUUAUGUUUUGUUCCAAGGUACAUUAUUUGGGGAUUUGAGACAGAAAAGUAGCUAUAAUAAAACAUAAAACUUUCUUGUCCCUUUCUGCUGGAAUACACAUUUUUAACUGACAUUAUCUAGCAGUUCAAUUGCAUAAGAGCAGGUUUUGAAAGAACACAUAUACCACAAGACCACAAUUUUAGAAAACCCACUAAAAUAUUAGCAAAAAGGAGAAACCUUGGUAGCUUAGAGCAAAGAAAUAAAACACUGCAGAUAAAUGACAGUAAGAUGACUUUCCUGCCAUAGCAGGAGGAUGCAUGAUGGUGAGAGUACCCAUCUUCAUGUGUGUCUUACGUGUACAUUAAUUACUCUCGGGCUCAAAUGGGUCCACUUUACGUGUGCUUUGUUGCCCUGGCCAGUAGCCAGAAAAGAAUCAUAGAAUGUUAAAACUGGAAGAUAACUUGAAGAUCACCUGGUUUAACUACCUCUGGUACUUAAAGAUGGGACAUGGAGAGUAAGAAGAGGUAUUUUGGUUCUUCUUCUGGCUGCGAGGGAAAGUGAAGUUUCUAGCAAAUGCAGGUGAGACUCAAUGGUGGUGAGUGGCUGGCUGACUCUCCAGCAACCCCACAUUCUUCCCCUGCAUGUGCGCACCUCAGCUUCACUUUUGAUACGUUUGGAACAAUAUACAAGUUCUGGGAAAGGUGAGAUUUGGUGGAGAAGAAAAUCUAGGUACAAUUCCUUUGUGUAUUUUUUGUGUAAUUUGUUUUUGUGUUUUGUGCCGUGUUAUAUUGAUGAUGGCAAGGGAUCUGAGGACCCCUAAAUUAGAACCAGAUGAGCCAAAGUGUUGUGUUCCCAAGGUAAACCCCGGGGUGAGACAGGAGCCAACAUUACACAAACAUUCCUUAUUUCAGGUAUAACUUCUAUUCAGGGUCCUGGCUCAAAACUUUGACCUGCUGGAUGAUUCCACAGUUCAGAUAACAGAAUCUCAUUAAUUUGAGGCGGGUUACCAUUGAUAUGCUCAGCUAACUUGGAUCCUUUCAGAAAAUCCCACAUGGGAACCCUCCCCAAAUAUGUCAUUGAAAUAACCUUUCAAGAUCACAGUCCAUAGAAGACAGUGAGGCCAUGUGUUCCAUCCUAAAUAUGUAGCAGUGUUUGCUCUGAGAUAUCCUUAGCUGGAGUAGAAAGCUCCACUUUAGAUUAGAUGCCCAAAUGACGUGAAUGUCAUUGGGUUAGCUCAACGUCAGAAGAAGGGAACCCUGUGUCAUUUGCUCUUGCCCUUUUACACAGUGGAUAGCAGACUGUACUCAUUUUGUCAGUGUGUGUCCAUUCACAUGCGCUGAAGACUAUUCGCUAAACAUUACUGAACAGUACUUAGUUAAUUUCCAGGCAGCCCACUGAGGCCAUCAAGAUGGGAGAAGAGGUUGAGGCUCAGUACCCCAGCUCGUCUAUGUAAUCUAGUUAAUCCUCCCUUUCAGUCUAGCCAGUAAAGAUGCUGCAUCCGCAGCCCCUCCUUCCGUUCCUCCAAAUCACAUUUGUUAACUAGAAAACAGCAUGAAGGGGUGUAAGAAGGAGAGAUCUGUCUCCAGGCAGUACUAGUAGCUCCACUUUAGUUGAUGGACUAGGAAACCAAAGAGUGCUCUCAGGCAGGUGUCUGGGUGAUGGUCUGUGGAAUACUGAAGUUCACCAAGGGUUUCAGGCAAUCAGUCCUAGGGCUCUCCCUUUUUCCCCAGAGUUGAAUGUGUGCCUACUACUAUGAAUCAUUGACAUCUCACAGUUUAAGCUCUUGUCCCUUCUUGUCUAGAUUAUUACAAUAGCAUCCUAAUCAGUCUUGCUACCUAAAGGCUCUCCACAUUCUACUCCAUCCUCCACAUAGUUAUCAAAAUUAUUUUCCUUAAACACCAAUCUGUUACUCUUCUGAAAUUCCACUGACUCCCUGUUGCCUUGGAUAAAAUAAACUCUAGCUUUAAAAACCUUUUACAGCCUGGCCCCAACCUGUCUUUCCAGCCUUGCUCUCCCAUUACCUGCAAUCCAGGCAAAUUGGCCUCUAUUCUUCACAUGUGACAUAACACUCCAUCUUGUAUUUAUUUAUAUGUAUUUUCUUUAUAUUUGUUCUAUAUAUAUUUAUAUAUGUGCUUGUCUCAUUAGAAUGUGACCUCUUUAAGAGUGGGCAUUGCUUCGUGAUUUUUUAUUUAUUUGUAUUCCUGCCUGGAACAGUGCCUGGCAUGUGGUAGAUGUGUAAAUGCUUAUUGAUUGAUGGAUCUCCCAUUCUCUUCCAGGUCUUAGUCCAGAAAUAUGGUAUGGAUCAUUGGGCCAGUCUGAUCAGUUGGGCUGGGCUGAAGGACCAGGCCCUUUCUCUCUGUGGUAUAACAUUUCUCCUCCCUUGUAAUUUGGGAGUAUUGAGACACAGUGGUUGAGUGAUUCUGUGGGCAUCCCCACCCCCAGCAACUCAAGUGUCCCAUAUUUCUAAGCCCUACAUGAUCAUAAUCUGAUAGCAAAGCAGUGUGCUCUCAUUAAAUGAGCUGUGGGUUUAGAGUAAGAAGAGACCUGAGCUUGAAUUACAGGUUCUCACGUUGACUAGGUUUAUGAUCUUAAAAAGUACACUUAAUCCCUCCUAUGUUUAUUAGUUGAUGUUUUCUUCAUUUAUUCUCCUUAGUUUAUUCCUGGAGUUUGUGGUAGACUAGAGGAAAUCUUGGCUUAGUCUAGUCUGACAUGUGCCCUAGAUUUUGACUGGAAAUUGGAAAAAGCAGAUUAUAAAGGGGCAAUAGGAUCCUAAGGGAUUGGAGAUGUUCAAAAACAAAAUUCUAAAGACACAAAGGAAAACCAUUCCAAUGAGGAGAAAAAAUGAGAGACUGAAGUGGAUGCGUAGAAUCCUUACUGACUGAUUUAAUUUUUUUAAAAGACCAGCAUAAAGCAGAUUGUAACAUAGGUAUUAGGAUUAACAAAAGCCUGGAUCUAUUAAAAUAUAUAUUUGCAGGAAUGCUAAAAGCUCUGAAUAAGCUGUGGCUGAUAAGGGAAGUCAAGGACAACCAAAAAUGAUUCUUUUAGUUACAUUAGGAGUAAAAGAAGGAUAAAAAUGUUGGGUAUGUUUGCUUGCAAUAUGAUAACAGACAACAAAGCAUGGCUGUUGUUCUCAUUUUGCGUUUUCUCAUCCAAAGAGAAUGAACUUUGCAGGGGAAAUGACUACUCUAUUGGUGCUUGGGCUUGGUAAGAGGAUAGUAAGGUAGCACCUAGUUGUCCUUGAUGGAGUCAGCCCUCCUGGUGCAGGUGACCUAGAUUCUUAGGUCCAGAAAGAAUUGGCAGAUAAGAUUGCUGAGUCACUAAUAUUUGAACAAUCAUGGGAAAUGGAAGCAGUAACAUGCGAUUAGGAAAGGGUAAAUGACCUGAUUUUCAAAAAGGAAGAGAACAGUCUGCAAACUUAGGCCAGCGAGCUCGACUGUGAUUCCUGGGAAAAUCCGAGAUAGACCAUUAAGGAGAGGUCGUUGGUGAUCCAGGAAGGGAAGCAGUGAUUAUAAAAAGCUAGCAACAGGAUAUGCCAGACUCAUCUCAUUUCCCUUUUUUGACAGGGUUGUUAAGCUAGUAGAUGACGGUAAUGCUGAGGAUAUAGUUUACCUGGGGUUUUAGCAAAACAUUUGACAGAAGUGUCUUGUACUGUUCUCAGGAAGGAGCUGGAACAGGGGGUUAGAUGACCGUACCAUUAUCAACGAAUGUCAUCAGCGCCUUGGAUAGUGGCCUGUUCACCAGAGGGUGCAGAGCUGGUGAAGAGACAAGCAGUGGGUGACAGGACAUGAAAGGAUCUGGACUUAAGUUGGAUUUCUGUAGGGAUAGUGGCCUGUAAGCUCAGUGGGAGUCAGCAAUGUGGUAUGGCAGUCAAAAAACCAAAUGUGUCUUCAGCCGUAUUGAGAGGCUUCACUCCCAGGAAUAGGGAAGUUUUAAUCCUGCUAUGCUUUGCUCUUGUCAGACUUCAUCUGAUGUCGUCAGACUUCAUCUGAUGUCGUCAGACAUCAUGCAGCGUGUUCAGUUCUGGUUAACACCAUAUGAAUGAGAACAUUAAUAAGCCUGGAGAGCAUCCAGAAGAGGGCAGCCAGGAUGGAGAAGGGCCCUAGGGUCUGUGUCAUGUGGGGUCCAGGGGAAGGAAUGAGGCAUGUGAGCCCAGGCAAGAGAAGACUUAAAAGGGGGCAUUAAAACUAGUCACCUUGUUCUGCUGCUGCUUUAUGCUAGUUGCUUAGAUUAUUAAUUAAAAAUUCAUUAAGAUUGUUCAAUAACUUUUUUUUGGCCAGCGUUAUUUAUCUAGUUUCAGAAUCAAGCCAGCCGUUACCUUAAAGAACUAGACACCCCACCAUCUCUUCUCUGUAGUUAGCAAAUCUUACCUAUUACUAGGAUUGCUUACUUGUUGAAGAUCAUGCAAGAACCUACUUAACCCUGCUUUUAUUGUGUGGUUUUUUUCUCCUUUUUUUUUGGUAAGCAGUUCAUUGACUCAUCUGCGUUCUUUCUUCCCUUGAAAUGAAUGGGUUUGAUCAAGUCAGCUUCUCACUUUGGCAGUUUGGAUUUUGGGAAAUCCUUCAUUUAACUCAUGAGCAGACAACCAUACUGGUUGUUGAACCUUCUCUUAUCUUGGUUGUGUCUCUCCUUUCUCAGCCUAAGUUUGGCUACUCUGUGAUUUGUUUUUGUUAAAAUUAAACUGAAAAAUAAAGGUGUUACUCU